AUGUCGUCAUCCUUGGGGCAACUGUUCCGAAUUGGUACCUUGGCAUGCACUGACUGGACAACUGAGGAGCCGAUGGCACCGUGUUGUUUUAUACAGCUGAACAAUAUCUUUACCCGAGAUAGAGUCCAAGUUCCCGUGCAUCAAGUGUCAGAAGAUAGCAGACAGGAUGAACUUCAUGGGCGUCGCAAGAAUUCGCUCAUGCUAGUGAAAAAGAUCAAGAAUGAAUCUGACGCCUACCGUAUUGCAAAAUCUGUUUGGUAUAAGCUCAUAAACAAAGAAUCAAGUGUUAAUAGAUAUUUGGAGUCUAUUAAAAAGUAUGGCUUUGAUCACAUCAUCAUCAUCAGGGAAUAUGAAAAUGGAUUACUUUUUCUUGAUUAUUAUGUUAUCUUCGAUGAUUGGGAGGUUAGCAGUGAGAACUGCGAAAUAUUGUUAGUAAUUACUUGUUUUUCUCAAUAA